AUGUACCGCUCCGGCAGCGGCCGCUCCGGCCCUUCGUCCUCCUCCUCCUCCCACCGGCUGAAGGAGGGCGGCUCGUCGGCGUCCCGCGCCUCCCGCUUCAGCGCAUCGGGGCCGGGGUCCCCGUCGCCGCACCGCAGCCGGAGGUUGCCGUCGCCGCCGGGAGGAGCGGGGCUCGGCGGGCCCCGGGGCCGCCGGGGCAGCGAGCACGGAGACGGCGGCAGCAGCCGGAGGCGCUCACCGAGUCUGCGCUCGGAGGCUUCCCUGGAGCACAGUUUGCGGAUUACCGUGGGCAAUGACCGCUAUUGCAUCGGCACGCCGGAGCGGAGGAGGCUGCCCGACAGACUGGGCUCGCCAAUUGAUAACCUGAGUGACAGGGAUGAUGUGGCUGACGGUCCAAUAUUCACUAGAGGCCUCACGUGUCCUCGCGGCCUUGAGAGAUACCCAGCUCAUGAGGAUCAGCCGUCGAGUCCCUUCCUUGCGAGGCAUGACGAGGACUACCGCAGCCGAGACGUCCUGCACCGGCCAGAGUACAGUCCACACUAUGGCCGUCGGGAGGAGCUGCCUCGAGCCGACAGGGAUGGCGACAAACUCAGGAGAUCCCCCUACCCACUGAGGCCAGAGGAGAGGGGACGAGAAAUAAAGCGUCCACGGUAUGAGAAGGAUGAGAAGAUGCAUGGUGUGAGUGGAGAGCAUCAGGGUUUCUCAUCAGGAACACGAAACUACCGCAGGCGCAGCCGCAGCCGUAGCAGAAGCCUGAGCCCGUCAUACCUGAAUGAAGAAUUCCGAGAGCUUGACCGUGCAAGGAGGAAAAGAGAAGAAGAAGAGCGCAGUCGAAACUUGAAUCAUGAUAUUUCAGGCAGUGGCUACACGAUCCCUGGCUUGACUAACACAUUACAGACUCCUGAGCCUCGGUACACAUACAGGCCUGAAGAAAUUCCACCCAUGCCCAAAAAAUCUAUUUUGAAGAAACGAGUAGAGAUGGAAGUAGAGUCUGCUGUUCAGCCCGAGAGCUUUUCAAGCAGUCCAGCCCCCAGCAAGGAUCUUCCUCUUCUUUCUAGUCAGUCUUCUUUGCCCCAGACCAACAACAUAGCUCCUUUUGCUUCUGAAGUGGAAAACUUUCUCAAACGGUUUAACAAAGGCUCUCUUGUGGAGGCUUCAGACAAGGAGUUGCAUGAAGGUUUGUGUGAGUGGAACCCACUCUCUGGGCCUCCCAAAGACAAUUUGGUGUUUGAAGAGAACUUCGGAAGCUUCUUAAGUCACAAAGAAAAAGUAGAACCCAAGGCAGAGCCCACUGAUCGCCAUACUGACUUCCUGCUGCCUCAUGAGAGGGCCAGUCAGGAUGGCAGUGGUUUCUCCCGAAUUCUGGGCAUGAUGGCUGAUUCUGUCAGUGCUCAGGAGAAGAGGAGGCGUAGCUUUCCUGACAUUGAGGACGAAGAGAAAUUUCUUUAUGGUGAUGAGGAUGAAGAGACCAAAACUGAAUCUCUCCCCAUAGAGAAGCCCCCGGUAAGUUGUGGCAAUGAGAUAAUAAUACAGAAAAUGAGCCCACCUCCUUCUCCUGCUCCAGCUGUCAAGAUGGAUCCUUUAGAAGAGCCAAACGCAGAGUAUGCAAAGAUCCACGACUUACUCAAAACCAUUGGACUUGACAUUGGUGUUGCUGAAAUUGGAAAACUGGCCGUUCGUACCCAGGAGCGCCUUCACGGCAAAAAGCUGGCGUCUCGUUCUCCGGAGCGCCGCUCUGCGGACACUCGCCGACUGGACGCCUGGGAGCUGCGCCGCAGCCGCAGUGACACCCGCUCUCCUGAGUCCGGCCAGCAGCGCUCAGCGUCACCCCCGGGCUCUUUCCAGCAGCCUAAAGAUGCAGCCUCUCUUCAGAAACCAGACUAUGCUAUGGACAAGCUGGUGGGACAGGAGAUACCUCUACCUGCACCUGAACAGUGUCUUCCUUCUGUCUCUCUCAUUCCUGCAAUUCCACCAACCCCUGCUAGUUUGCCACCUACACCUACUUCUGUUUCCCAGUACCAAAUUCCCAGCUAUUCCCACUACACUGCUGCUCAAAUGCCCCAAAACUAUGCCUCUCCCACAAUGGCUCCUCCAGGAUAUGAUGCAUAUGGGCACUAUAUGGCAUAUGCAGCCUCUGGAUGGCCCAUGUACUCCCCUGCCCAGCAGCCUAAUCCUACGCUACCAGAAGCUCAUGGUCUUCUUACCAUGGCCAUGUCAGCAAACCCCACUCGUCCCAAUCUCCGGGUGAUUGAGACAGUCUCUCUGGGAAAGGAUGUUCCUGAUGUGAAAAGAGAUGGUUCUGUGCUUGUUCAAGUCCCUACCACUCCUUCUCAUUCCAAAACACCCCUUCGUCUGUCAUCACACCCUCUGAAAAAUACCUCAGAAAGGAUGUCGGAUGAAAAAAAUCGGGCAGCUCAAAAGCAGAAGGUGAUAGAAGAGAGAGAAAAACUGAAGACGGAUCGAGAAGCACGGCAGAAGAAGCUUUACUAUCUCAAGACUGAAUUGGACAGGCUUCGUAAACAGCAAGGUGAGAUGUUGAGGAAAAAACGUCGUGAGAAGGACGGACACAAAGACCCCUUGUUGGUUGAGGUGAACAGACUGCAAGAGAAUAUUAUGAAGGAGAUUGCGGAGCUGCAUAAAGAAUCUGAUGCAGCUGACAAGAAGCAGUCUGAGCUUGACAAAGUAGCACAAAUCCUGGGGAUUAACAUAUUUGAAAAACCCCGGAAACCAUCUGUGGAAACUAAAGAUUCCUCGGAAAAGAACAGCAAGUCAGAAAAUGCAAAAGGCGUAGAGAAAACAUCUUCCUCCAACAAGGAAUCAAAAACUCCUAAUGAAAAAUCGAGAGGUAGAAGCCCGAAGCCAGCAGAAUCCUCUUCACAGUCCUCCAAACAUCCUUUCCAGUUGGCCAAUAUUUAUGAAUAUUAUGAUGCAGGGAACCACUGGUGCAAAGACUGCAAUACCAUCUGCGGGACCAUGUUUGACUUUUUCACACACAUGCAUAAUAAGAAACACAGACAGACCCUGGAUCCUUACAACAGACCUUGGGCUUCGAAGACCCAGAGCGAGACCAAACAAGAGUCCAUAAAACGCAUUGAUAAGAUAACGGUUCCUGCCAAAGGCUCUGAGUUUCUGAUUCCCAUCACUGGAUAUUAUUGCCAGCUCUGUCAUGAAUUUUUUGGAGAUCAGAUCUCAGCAGAGCAGCAUGUGAAAAGUCAUCCCCACAAUGAGAAGUAUAAGAAACACAUAGAUGAAAACCCACUCUAUGAAGAGAGGAGAAAUCUGGACCGUCAGGCUGGAUUGGCUGUAGUUCUGGAAACAGAGCGCCGGCGGCAAAAUGAGCUGAAACGGAAACUGGUUGAGAAACAGAAGGAAGAGAAGGAUGAGAAAACCCCAAAAAUAAUAAAGAAGGAGGAAGUAAAGAGCAUCCCAGAGUCAGGAGAAGGGAAUAAUGAAACUCAAGGCAAAACGGAUUCUUCUGGGCGAAAAAUGGGUAUCACAGUAAAGCUAAAGAAGGAAGAGAAGACAGAGGAGAAAAAAGAAGAAAAGAAAGAGGAAUUGAAAAAGGAAUCACCAAGCCAGACCUCCUUUGGGAAAUUCAGCUGGAAAAAGACUGAGAGAGAGGAUAAAACUCCAGGAGCUAUUCCAAAGGAAGAGAAUACAGAAGGAAACAAAGAGGAGAACAAAUGUCAGCCCGUGAAAUCCCAUAUCAAGCCCAUUGAAAUCAAGCUGUCUGGGAAAACUGUUAUUCCACACACGAGCCCAUGGACACCAGUUGUUUCCACUCCGACACCAACAAAAAUUCUCCCCAAUCUACCAGUCCCCACCAUGAUUUUCAGGAAGUCUACUACUGCAACAGUUAGUAAACCACCACCUCUGAACACCUUUUUAUCAAUAAAAUCCUCUGGAACUACCACCAAACCACUGCCAGUGGUAAAAGAAACAAAUGCAGAUCUUCUACUGCCUCCGGAUAUCAUAUCAAAAGCUUUUGGAGGAGAAGAAGUAAUUUUAAAAGGCUCAGAAGAGGAUUUGAAAGCAGCAGAGAAAAAUGAGUCUUCUCAGACUGCAGAGAAACCUCCUCCACCUCAACCUCCCCCAGCAGUCCAGCCAGCAGCUGUCAUCCCUGCAGAUGAAGUAGCUCCAGGUGUGUCUGAAAGUGAACAGACAAUGUUGGCAACGCCUGUGAGACCACCACCACCUUCAACUACUUUCAGUGAACAAGCAAAAAAGAUAGAGAAACGAAAUUCUUGCUUGGCCACAGCCAAUGCUAAAGAUCUCUAUGAUAUUUUCUACAGUAGUGGUGGAAAGGGUUCAGCUGACAGCAAGCUUGCAAGUUCUGCACUUCCAAAUGGAGAAAACCCUAACUUGACAAAACCUGCAGAUUUAUCUGCAAAUCACAGAACAAAUAGUAGCUCAUCCUCGUUGAAGGAGGAUUCUGAGAAUGUGGAUUCCUCACAGUGUAAUAAUCAAGUGACAGGGAGUUUGGUUCCUGUUGAAAAUCAGGCUAAAAUGAACAAGAAAUCACUUCAGUCUCCCCUGUCAGAAAUUUCAGUCACAGAAUUACCAGAAAAAAACCCUGUUUCUGGUAUCCAGAUGCCUGCAAAAAUUGGGCGUGUUGAUACAGGAGGUGGAGAGCAGGCAGGCAGUCUGGAAUUCUGUGAUCUACAGAAAACUGAGGUCCAAGAGAAGGUUGGACAGGAAGAUGGAAAUAAAACUCCAGUUAAAAACACAAAUAUUCCUGGUACCUUGGAGACAGAGACAAAAGACUGGGAAAUAAAAGCAGUAAAGCCUAAGCAUAGCCUACAUGCAAAGACUUUGUUACCUGAGACACAGAACAAAAUUAAAAGUUUGGGAAAUUCCCAUUUGGUCAAGUUAAAUGAUAACUGUAGAACUCACUCAGAAACUGAUAGUCCAGACUUGCUCUGGGGCAAUUCUAGAACUAGUAAUGGAAAAGAACAGAUAGUCACAACUCAUUCUGGUUCUGAUGAGGUUGAUGCUUCAGAAUUGAUAGAGGGACAGACAGAAACUAAAAGUACUCUAUUAGAAGCUCAAGAAAAAGUUCAGCCUAAACCUUCAGGCCAUGUAGUGUUAGAUAACCAAACCCAGAAGCAGGGAGUUGAACGGUUAGUCAGUACCUGCUCAAACAUUGCUGAACUCAGAUCCAAUCUGGAAUUAGCAGCUGAAAAUGAAAAAAAGUCAUUAGGACACACUGGAUCUGAUGCAAGAUUAGAUAAUUUUCUUUUCAAGAGACCAUCAGAGGAUGUGAAACACAUGAAGAUUCCCUCCCAGAAAACAGAGCUUGACUUGAAAAGCACUGAUUUCAAUUUGGGAGAGAAGGUAAAACAUGAAUGUUUCAGCAUCCUUUCAGAAGGACUUUUAAAGGAAAAUACAGAAGAAGUCACAAAAGUAGAAACUAUUGCGUCCAUUAAGCUAGAGUCCAGUAAACUUAAAAAACUGGGCAUUGAAAGAACAGUGAAUGAAACAGAGAUUAGUGAUAUUGUUACAUUGACUUCUGGUAGUUGUGAAGAUAAAAUUUGCACACGGAUUUCUCAGAAACCUAUGCUGCAGCCUGGAUCACAGACCUCAAAUAGUGACACUACAGAAGUGGUCAUGCCAGUUCUAGAAAUGCAGGGCAUUUCACCCACGUCUGAGGUACGUGUGCAAGUGAAGGACAGCAAAGAUGGCACUGUUGAAAUGCUGUCACUAAGUUGUGACAGAGGCAGCACAGAAAGUCAGGCUUCUGGGUGCGUGAAAACUUUAAUGCCUGGGCUCAAAGAAACACAUGGGAAGGUGGGUGGCUCAGGAGGCAAGGGAAUGUGCACCAUCCAGAGCAAGAAGACUGAGCAAACAGAAGCUCCUGACGGUAGUUUGGAAGCUACGGUGAAUUCAGGAAUUGCUGAAAACAUAGCAGAAAGCCCAAUGGGUUGAAGUAAACCCAGCCAGUCCCAAUAUUUGAGGAGCCAGAGCUGGGAUUAUGUAUAUGGUUUUUGUUUGUUUUUCUUUUUGUUUCAGCUGAGAUUUUUGGGUGUAUUUUGCAUUCUGUGGUAGGACUUGACUAAAGUGAAACGUAAGUCAUCAGAAGGCAGUCACAUACUUUAUUCUGUAUAUAAUUAAUUGUGUAAAAUGUUUUUUCAUGUGAAUUUUGUUGCCAAUUUCUUUUCUACACUCUGCUAUUAAAAUGGAAUCUCGUUUAUAA